AUUGCAAAAAAUGUAUAUUUUCCGACAAAUAUUUUUGUGGGCAAUUCUCAUUUUCUUGCACUUAGCAAAUGCUAAGGCUUGCAAUAGCAAUGGGUGUUCACAAGUUCGAGGUUUCUUCAUAUUUGGAGAUUCACUAGUUGACAAUGGCAAUAACAAUGACAUGUUGACUCUUGCUAGGGCGGACUAUAGUCCCUACGGCGUCGAUUUUUCGGAUGGUGCCACGGGGCGUUUCACCAACGGCCGUACCUUUGUUGACGUGUUAGCUCAAUUGUUGGGGUUCCCUAACUACAUUCCUCCCUAUGCUGAGGCUCGUGGCCGAGCCUUGCUGCAAGGAGCGAAUUAUGCCUCGGGGGCAUCUGGAAUACGAGAUGAAACAGGAAAUAAUUUGGGUGACCACUCCUCGAUGAACCAACAAGUCUCGAGCUUCGCCAAGACAGUGAGGCAGCUAAGGAGAUACUUCAAUGAAGACAACGACAGCCUAUGCAACUACCUAAGCAAAUGCAUCUUCUACUCGGGUUUAGGCAGCAACGACUAUCUCAACAACUACUUCAUGCGCGACUACUACUCAACCGGUGACCAAUACACCCCCGCAGCCUACGCAGCUUCCCUCAUUCGCGACUACACCGAACAAUUAACGGACUUAUACAAUUUGGGGGCGAGGAAGGUGGUGGUGGCCGGAGUCGGACCAAUAGGCUGCAUACCGUAUCAGCUAGCGCGACUCGAUGGGAACAACAGCCGAUGCAACGAGGAAAUCAACAGCGCGAUCUCCCUCUUCAACGCUGGCCUCAGAAGAGUCGUGGACCGGUUCAAUGGAGGCCGGUUUCCCGGGGCCAGAUUCGUGUAUCUCGACUCGUUUCAGAGCAGCCAAGAUUUGAUUGAGAAUGCAAGAACAUAUGGAUUUGAUGUGAUUGACGAGGGGUGUUGCGGCGUGGGGAAGAACAACGGGCAGAUCACGUGCCUCCCGCUUCAAAUGCCCUGUGACGAGCGCGGGAAGUACGUGUUCUGGGACGCGUUUCAUCCGACUGAGGCCGCGAACGUCAUUCUCGCCCGAAAAGCAUACGGUUCUAAGACGAGAUCGCAUGCGUACCCUAUGAAUAUACAACAGUUAGCGUCGCUCUAGCAACGGAAGAGCGCGUAUGGACCCAACUUUUAGCGUAUUCCAAAAAAUAUCCUUGACUCGAGUAUUCACUUUAAAACUUCUAAUUUUGAGUGAAUUUUGAUUUCUAGUGACGGAAUAAUGAAUCAACUCGUUGGAUUAUCAGAUGUUUCAUAGAUGGACUUUUUUUCCAUCUAAGCAUCAAAACGCAUCUAAUAAUCCGACAUGUGAUUCAUCGUUCCGUCAUUGGAAUUAUGAGUUACUACUAUUAAUAAAAAAAAAUCAAAAAUUGGAAGAAUUUAAAGUGAACGUUAGUUCGCAAGUAUUUUUUGGAAAACACUUAAAGGUGGUGUCACAAUCUAUGGAUAACCAUUUUUCACUUUCAAAUGUUCUAGUUUUCUGUAUUACUACUAUGUAAUAACCAUUUCUAUUCCUUAUUACAAAUGUAAUUUUGAUGAUGAGUCGAUGAAUUGUGAACUAGUGUUUGUUGCAAUUGAAGUCAUAUUUGGAAUAAAAAUCAAAUAAAUUCAAGUGCAGAA